UCCCUCAGUAAAUCAUAAGCCACUCCCCUUAUACCAUUGCUGUGAAGAAUUUCGUUUAGCUUAUCAUGAGGAACUGUGUCGAAAGCCUUGGCAAGGUCCAAAAAAACAGCAAUACUCUUGUUCCCAUUAUUCAGAUUAUUGAUAAUCUCAGUUAUUAAUUUCUGCAUAGCAUCCACUGCACUGUAACCCUCCAGAAACCCGAAUUGAUUAUCUGAUAAUACAUUAUUAGCUUUAAAAAAAUCCAUUCAUCGAGUUUUAAGACAUUUUUCAAAUAACUUUGCAAAAUUUGUUAUUAAACUUAUAGGCCUGUAAUUUCCAAUGGAUGUAGUAUCCCCUGAUUUAUGCAUCGGGAUAACUAUUGACGUUUUAAACUCUUUUGGGAUAAUUCCAGUUAGCAAAAUUAAAUUGUAAAUAUGUAACAAAGGUGUUAAAAUUUCAAAAUGAGUUUGCUUUAUAGUUUCAACCUGUAUGCCAUCAUAGCCAGGAGCACUAUUACUUUUCAAAGAUGCGAUGUGUUUUACUAGUUAAUUCCUUGUGGGACUUAAGAAAAUAGAAUUCUUGACGGGGUGCGCUAAUUUACACUUAGAUUGAGGCGUGGGAAUUGUCCGCGCCAUGUUAACACCCACAUCAAUAAAAUGUUCGUUACAAAAAUUUAUCAUUUCAAUAGAAUCAGUAAACUGGUUGCCAUCAUUAUCAUUUAUAGAUAUAUAAGAUUCACCUUUGUAACUCUUUUCGUACGUUGCAUCCUUUAUGACGUCAUGCAGUUUUUUCAUGUUAUUUUUAUUUGUUUCAAUUUGCAUUCUAUAGUGAUUAUUCUUUGUGUAUUAAUUUAUUUAGUUUAUUACGAUAAUCCUUGUACUGAUUUUCCAAAGACAAACUAUAAUUUGCUAGAAGUCUCUUUUUCAUUUUAUGAAAGUUGAACAUGUUAUUUUUACGUUGAUGUAUUAAUGUGUCAAUUUGAUCCUCCGGAAUUUCAGCUUGCUUACUUGUCCCGUUAAAGAAAACAGAAGGGGGUACCUUUCUGAAAAGUACUGUAUUUUCUUAAUUCUUCAUGAACUGUACUGGACAUGUAACUUCCGGUAGCAAUGAAUAUUGUAAAUAAACCACGAAAUACUAGGCUGAUUUUUAUACAGUAUGUUACAAGCUUAAACACGAUAGGGAGCAUAAUCGGCAACGACAACGAUGGGGUACAUUACCGAGCCUGUAUAGCAUCCUUGCUAACAUACUGUACUGCUUGACUUGUUUUGAAUUGGCAGUAUUUAGGCAAUGAAUUGGACAAAACUAGAAAACGAUAUUUGAAAUUUUCUGAAAUUGUUUUAUCAAAUUCAUCCAGUGUUUGAUGGCAAUAUGGCAUGGUGACGUGUGUUAUAGCGAUGUAAGGAAAUGAAACAGGACGUGAGCGAGAAAAUGGUCAGCGUUAGAAAAGCUCAGGCGUUCCCUUUCUUCAAACGGGGCACAUUCAGUACCUAUUUCGUGUCAUCAGGUUUGUUUUCAUGUGCUCUGUUGUAUCCAAAUUCAUAAUAGCUUCAUUCGAAUGAACAUAUUCAUAUAAUGGUCUGAUAUCAUUAAUAUUCAUUGAUUACCCCCCUCCCUUAGGAUGAAACUAUAAUGUAUGUUUUUCAUAGAAAUUGCAUAUAGUAUCAGCUGUACUUGAUUAGCGUACAUUUUAAUUAGUUGAGAACAUUACUCAUAUUUAGUUUCAGUACGCUUUAAAAAACUUUUUUUUUAUUGAUCAUUAUAAAAGUGUGUUUAUUCUGUCAUUCGCUUCGUUCAGAUCAUUAUCACCGCCAUGUUUUGCUUGAUUUCUUGACUUUCAUUUGAAUUCAACAUAUACUUUAUUUGCCGCUACAAAAUGCAACACUGUUUGGCGUAGCUAUGACAAAAAUGCUUUCAGUGUCAUUUGUGUGUGUUUCUGCUUAUUUUGGAAUAAUAAUGCUGAACUCAAAUAUAAUUAUUCUGCAAAUUACAGAUGAAAGAUUGUUGGAGUACGACAUUGACAAGGUUUUAUUUGAAGAAACAUCACCAUAUCAGAAAGUACAAAUAGUGCAUUCGAAAAGUCUGGGUAAUAUAUUGGUGCUAGAUGAUCUCCAAAAUAUAGGAGAAUCAGAUUUGAUUUACACUGAAACUCUCAUGGCUAGAGGAAAAGAAAAUUACAAGGAUAAAGAAAUUGUGAUAUUAGGUGGAGGAGAUGGCGCUUUACUGUAUGAAUUGUUGAAAGAGAAACCCAAGGAAGUUGUUAUGUUGGAGAUAGAUGAGAUGGUUAUGAAAGCGUGUGCAAAAUAUAUGCGUUCUAUUUGUGGCGACGUUCUAGAUAAGUACGAGGGACCAAAUUAUAAGAUAAUAGUUGGAGAUUGUAUGAAGUCCUUAGAGGAGUUCACUAAAGAAGGAAGAAAGUUUGACUAUAUUUUUGGGGACCUCACAGAUGUUCCUAUAUCUCAAAAGCAUUCAGGGCAGUUAUGGACCUUCUAUCAGAAGGUGCUCCAAAUGUGCUUCAAACUAUUACGUCCUGAUGGAAAGUUUAUGACACAUGUAAAUGGUAUAUGUUCAUCUGAAUCAGUCGAUAUGUUCAAGUCUCAGCUGGAUAAUAUUGAACCUCCUGUCAAGUUUACUACAUCCAGAGCAUUCGUACCGUCCUUCAUGGAGGACUGGAUUUUCUGUCAGGUAUUCUUUGAUGGAAACAAAAAGGAAUAGCGUACGCCUCUUAUUUUUGGCCUCUCCGAUUUAGAUUUUAGGUAGUAGUACAAGAAAAAUGUAAUACCGAGAGAUAUAUCUGUGAGCUUGUCCCUUUUUUAUAUCACAUUUACGUUUGUGUAAAAACUAAGCGGUUUUUUAAACACUCAGUUUUGCUAACUAUUACUUGGAAUAUUUUCUUUUGUUACCUGAUUUGUUGUUUUACUUGUAGUUGUUUAAAGUUUAAACCAAAUGAACAGUAAGAUAAACUUUUAUCUAUAUGAUAUGUACCAGUUUUUUAUGAAUGAAAUAGACGGUUACCAAAGCAAUUAUUAGUACUAGAUGAUGCUGUGCAUGAUACGAGUAUUUUCCGAUGCAGAUUAUAUUUUGAAUGUGUAAUUGUGUAGAAAAAAUAUAAACAGAAAUUCAAA